GGGCUGGGAUUGAGUCGGGCGGGCAGAGGCAGGAUGUUCAGCUGGAUGGGGCGGCAAACAGGCGGACGGGAUCGGCCCGGCGGGGCGGAUGCGGUGCAGACGGUGACGGGCGGCCUGCGCUCGCUCUACCUGCGCAAGGUGCUGCCGCUGGAGGAGGCAUACCGCUUCCACGAGUUCCACUCGCCGGCGCUGGAAGACGCCGACUUCGACAACAAGCCCAUGGUGUUGCUGGUGGGCCAGUACAGCACGGGCAAGACCACCUUCAUCCGGUACUUACUGGAACAAGAUUUUCCAGGUAUGAGGAUUGGUCCAGAGCCCACAACAGAUUCUUUUAUUGCUGUGAUGUAUGGAGAAACUGAGGGCAGCACCCCUGGAAAUGCUUUAGUUGUGGAUCCCAAAAAACCAUUCCGAAAACUUAGUCGCUUUGGAAAUGCAUUCCUGAACCGGUUCAUGUGUUCCCAGUUGCCUAACCAAGUUCUGAAGAGCAUAAGCAUCAUUGACAGCCCUGGAAUUCUAUCUGGAGAGAAGCAACGUAUCAGCAGAGGUUAUGACUUCUGCCAGGUCCUACAGUGGUUUGCUGAGCGUGUUGACAGAAUCAUCCUUCUCUUUGAUGCUCACAAACUUGAUAUCUCUGAUGAAUUCUCAGAAGCCAUCAAAGCCUUCCGGGGCCAGGAUGACAAGAUCCGUGUUGUUUUGAACAAGGCUGACCAAGUGGACACUCAGCAACUUAUGAGAGUCUAUGGUGCACUCAUGUGGUCUUUGGGGAAGGUGAUCAAUACUCCAGAAGUCCUUCGAGUCUAUAUCGGCUCCUUCUGGGCCCAGCCCCUUCAGAAUACCGACAACCGAAGGCUCUUUGAAGUGGAAGCCCAAGAUCUCUUCAGAGAUAUCCAGAGUCUUCCUCAGAAGGCAGCUGUGCGCAAACUCAAUGACCUCAUCAAGAGAGCGAGGCUGGCCAAGGUCCACGCUUACAUCAUCAGCCACCUGAAGAAGGAGAUGCCAGCAGUCUUUGGAAAAGAGAAUAAGAAGAGGGAACUUAUCAGUCGGUUACCAGAAAUCUAUCUCCAGCUACAGCGAGAGUACCAGAUCUCAGCGGGCGAUUUCCCUGAGGUCAAAUUGAUGCAGGAGCAGUUGGAAAACUAUGACUUCACUAAAUUCCACUCCCUGAAGCCAAAAUUGAUUGAAGCUGUGGACAACAUGCUGACGAACAAGAUCUCCUCCUUAAUGAACCUCAUCAGCCAAGAAGAACUCAACAUGCCCACACAGAUGGUUCAUGGUGGAGCUUUUGAUGGAACCAAUGAGGGGCCCUUCAACCAAGGCUACGGAGAAGGAGCCAAGGAAGGAGCCGAUGAGGAGGAAUGGGUCGUAGCCAAGGACAAACCAGCCUAUGAUGAGCUCUUUUAUACCCUGUCACCCGUCAAUGGCAAGAUAUCUGGUGUCAAUGCCAAGAAGGAAAUGGUGACCUCCAAACUGCCCAACAGUGUCUUGGGCAAGAUCUGGAAACUCGCAGACUGCGACAAUGAUGGCAUGUUGGACGAGGAAGAAUUUGCGUUGGCCAAACAUCUCAUCAAAAUUAAAUUAGAUGGUUAUGAAUUGCCCAACAAUUUACCACCUCACCUUGUACCCCCCUCCCACCGGAAAUCUCUGUCAAAUCUAGAUUGAGCCAAGAAGGAUCUUUGGCCUGGGAAUCUGGAGAUCUGGGAUCUAGUCCUCAAUUUACCACUCUCUCACUGUGUGACUGAGCAAGUCAAUUCAUUUUACUCAGUUUCCUCAUCUUUAAAAUAAGGAGGGUGAACUAGUUGACCUUUUCCGUUUUCUUCCAACUCUAAAAUUUAAAGGGUUCCGUUCUAGGUCAGGGGUUAGAAAAGGGAUAUGGGAGAAAGAAUGAGAAGGGAGCAAAAUCGUCCAAUGGGUUCCUCAGAAGCCUAGUGAAACCAUGAAUCGAAAUUGGACUUUCUGGUAAAUUCAACUGUGCAUCCAUCACUUUCUACUUGAACCACCAAAAUCACCAUCUGCAGCAGACUUUCUGCGGCUGCUUAGUUCUGUUUAGCAUCAGUAAACAACUGCUGGAGCUGCUUUUACUAUUCAGAGGUCACAGAGAGAGAGAGAGGAAUUGUCUUAUUUAUUUGUCUUCUGCCAUCUUUAGGAAGAAACCAGUGAUUGACUCCACAAUUGCCAAGCUACUUUUUGAAACCUCAAAACCUAGACUUGAAAAU